AUGAACAAAGAUAUAGAUAACACAAUACAAACUAUAGAUGAAGAUGUCAUAAACAGUGAUCUUGAGUUCAUUGACGAAGAUGAAGAUGCUGAUAGAAUACCAAAUGAAUCAACAAUACCAAUUCAAACAACAUCAACACCAUUAAACAAGUCAUGUCUAUCUACAAUAGAACAUAGUUCAAUGUUUAAAAUAAAAGAAAACUUAUUAUUCAUUAUAAUAGAUAAGAAUCAAUAUUUAUAUUUUCAUGGUGUAGUUGAUUUAUUAUUAUUAUAUGGAUCAAUUAAAUCACAUGGUUAUCAAUUCAACUGUUCUAAUAAUAAUGACGAUAAUGAUAAUAAUAAUAAUAAUAUAAAGAAAACAACAUUAUAUUCACCUUUUAGUUCAGUUGCUCUUUCAAUUGAAGGUUGUAAUGUUAAUGAUAGUAAUAGUAAUGAUAAUAAAUCAUCAAAUAAUAAUAAUAAUUUAAUUAAAAUCAUUGAAAAUAAUAAGAAUAUAGAUGAAUUAGACAAGAAAUUAUUAUUAGAAUAUAUUCAUUUAAAUAUAAACAAAAUUAAAUUCAAUCCUAUAUUAUCAUCAAUCAUACUAUUAUAUAAUACACAACAAUCAAAAGUUAAACACUAUCAUUUAUAUACAAAGAAAGAUAAUAAUAAUAAUAAUGAUAGUAAUAAUGAUCAUUUAGAUAUAACAAUGGAUUCAUUUUAUCCUUUAUUCUAUCCAGAUUUCUCAGUAAAACCAUUAAUUAUACCGAAUCAUUGGGAUCAGUUUAUUGCUGAUAAGUUAUUGGAUGUUAAACAACAAUCACCUAUUAUAAUGACUUGUGGAAAUAAAGAUAUUGGAAAGAGUACAUUCAAUAGAACUGUUGUAAAUAGAUUGCUAUCAAAGUAUCGUUAUGUUUUGUAUUUGGAUAGCGAUGUUGGACAAUCAGAGUUUGCACCGAAUGCAUUGAUCACAUUGAAUAUGCUGAGCGAACCACUGUUGGGACCACCACAUUCACAUCAAAUGAAACCGAUUCGCUCUUACUUUUACGGAGAUACCUCACCAAAGAACAACCCAGAGUACUACCUAGAGUUGGUACAAUCAAUGAUUGACUAUGCCACCACACUACACAACGCAUUCAACAUUCCAUUGGUAUUCAAUACAUUAGGUUGGAUCAAAGGAAUGGGUUAUCAGCUAUUAUUGGAAUUAAUUAAAUAUCUUAAACCAACACAUUUAAUUUAUUUAUAUUCAAUUAAACAAAAUAAUAUUAAUAAUCAUAGUUUUAAUAAUAAUAAUAAUAAUAGUUUUAAUAAUAAGAAUAUAAUAUUUACACAACAAGAUAUAGAUUCAUUGUUUGAAGGUGUUGUUGGUUCUGCUGAAAGCACUACUAAAAAGAAUACAACACUAUAUACAAUAGAAACAGUUCAAGUAGAUGGAAAUGUAUCGAUACCAAUGAAUAACUCUGCGAUAAGACAACUCAAUCUAAAGAGUUACUUUGGUGAUACAGAUCUACAAUCAAUGUCACCCUAUGCAAUCAAAUUCAAAGAUUUAAAGAUAGCGAUCAUCAACCAUGAAGUACCAUACAAUCAAACAAUGUAUGCAUUGAAUUCAAGUAUAGUUGGUAUAUGUUCAGAUGAAAAUUUAACUUUUAAAGAUAUAAAUUAUCAAUUAAAUUCAGAAUAUCCAACAUUUUUAAGUAUGGUUGAUGGUGAGAUACCAAUUGCUCAAUGUCUUGGUAUUGGAUUGGUUCGAUCAAUAGAUAUAGAGAAUAAGUUGCUAUUCAUUCUAACGCCACUGACACAACUAGAGCUAGAGAAAUGUUCACUUCUUUUGAAAGGUUCUGUAUCGAUAUCACCAGAGAUGUCAUUAACGGUAUCAUCUAAAGGUUCAAUUCUCAUUCCUUAUCUUAAAUUGGAAUUGGUAAAAUCCAGUGGUUCAGGUGUAAUGGAAAGACAAAUGAAAAAGAAGAAAUCAAACAAACAAUAA